AUGGCGUCCAUCUUACCACGGAGUUGUCACGCCCCAGCGCCCGCCCUGAGGUGUGGUCUGGGGCAUCCCGCUGGCCUCCCUGGUACCAACACCGUAUGGCUGAUCAGCCGUGUGAAUGUUCCAUUUGACUGCAGCGCUCUGGCCCACCCAGUAUACCUUUCUAGAGGCCAUCCCCUCAGCAGUUGUCACCAGAGACCCAAGUGUUGGCUUCCAGUGGCGGCAGAGCCAUGUUUGGUUGUCGCAGGACCUCAGGACCUUCCUGUGCGCCGCUGGUACUCGUCGUCCUCUCUUGGUGACGACCCCAAACCGAAGACCCCUACAUCCUUCAAGGACAAGAACAAGAAGCUAGAGGAAGGUGGGCCCAUGUACAGCCCACCUGCAGAGGUGCCGGUGAAGUCAUUGUGGCGGAGGGUCCUGGACGGGCUGAAGCACUAUUACCACGGCUUCCGCCUGCUCUGGAUAGACACCAAGAUUGCCGCGCGCACACUCUGGAGGAUUCUCAAGGGCCACAUCCUGACCCGCCGGGAGCGCAGGCAGUUUGUCCGGGUCUGCGCUGACCUCUUUCGCCUGGUCCCACUUCUCGUCUUCGUGGUGGUACCUUUCAUGGAGUUACUGCUGCCCAUAGCAGUGAAGCUCUUUCCCAACAUGUUGCCAUCCACCUUUGAGACCCAGUCUACCAAGGAGGAGAGGCUGAAGAAGGAGCUACGGGGAAAGCUGGAGCUGGCCAAGUUUCUCCAGGACACUGUGGAGGAGAUGGCCUCAAAGAACAAGGCAGCCAAGGGGAGUGCCACCAAAGACUUCUCCAUGUUUUUCCAGAAGAUUCGCAAGACGGGGGAAAGACCCAGCACUGAGGAAAUCAUGCGUUUUUCCAAAUUAUUUGAGGAUGAGCUGACCCUGGAUAACCUCAAUCGGCAGCAGCUGGUGGCACUGUGCGAGCUGCUGGAUAUCCAGGCCAUUGGCACCAACGCCUUCCUACGCUUUCAGCUCACCAUGAGGCUGAGGUCCAUAAAGGCUGACGACAGAAUGAUUGCUGAGGAAGGAGUAGACAGCCUGAACAUCAAGGAAUUGCAGUCUGCGUGUAUGGCUCGCGGCAUGCGGGCCCUUGGAGUCACAGAAGACCGUCUGAGGGAACAGCUGAAGCAGUGGCUGGAUCUGCACCUGUAUCAGGAGAUCCCUACAUCACUGCUCUUAUUGUCCCGAGCCAUGUACCUUCCAGACACCCUCUCGCCUGCUGACCAGCUCAAAUCCACUUUGAAGACCCUUCCAGAGAUCGUGGUGAAGGGAGCCCAGGUGAAAGUGUCCAGUGUUGAGGGUAAGCGGGUGGACAACAUGAUGAAGUUGGAGGCUACCCUCCAGGAGGAGAAAGCCAUCCAGCAGGAGCACAGGGAGAAGCAGCUGCAGAAGCUCUCCCAAGCAGCAAAGGAAGGGAGGAAAACCACCUCUGGGAGGCCAGUGUCUGACCAGCAGCUGGAAGUGCCUGAUGUGAUCCAACCAUCAGAGACCCUGAAGGACACCGCCCCUGGGCUAGAGGUCUUGAAGGAAGAGGAAGAGGAAACUGAGGAAGAUAUUGACAUACUCAGUGAUACCUGUUCUAAACUGAAGGAGCAAAAGAAGUCCCUAACCAAAGAGAAGGAGGAGCUGGAGCUUCUGAAGGAAGAUGCCCAGGACUAUAGUGAGGGCUUACAAGAGACUGAGAAGGAACUUUCAAAGACCCACAAGGAAAAACGUGUGAAAGAAUCUAAAGCCAGAAUAAGACUGACAAGGAGAGUACAGCGCAUGAUCCGGAGGAUAGGCAGCUUGAUCUCUCAGCUGGAGGUGGAUCAGAGGGCUGGCAAGCUGGGCCCAGCAGAAGGCCCACCUGCCGAGGAGAAAUUCAUGAGUGUCACGGAGCUCAUUAGUGUCAUGAAGCAAAUCAAACACAUUCCAGAAAAAAAGCUGAUCUGCUUGGCCUCAACACUGGAUAAAAAUAAGGAUGGCAGGAUCAACAUCAACAGCCUCAUCAAGGCAACUGAACUGGUGGACAAAGAAGGCAUUCGCCUCUCUACUAGUCAGGUGGCUGAGAUCGUGGCGAUGCUAGAGAGGGAGGAGGAGGUGGUAGAGAAGAAGAAGGCUAAGGGAAAGGUUGAGAAGGAGGCUACAGAAAUGAAGAAUUAG